AUGUCAUCAGAGGGUUGUCGGUACAAAACCCUGCAGCUGUCCAGAGGCUCCAGACGUCUCCACCUCGGGAACAUCACAGAUUCAGAGCUGCAAAAACAUGGCCGUCGUGUAUUCCAGAGUGGUUCUUAUCGUGCGGUGUCAGAGGAGGAGCAGGCUCUCAGGGCCAAACUAGAGAGACUCACCGUCAAAGACCAUGGCCCCGUGUUCGGACCCUGCACCAAACUCCCCGAUCACACACAGCAGAAGGCAAAAGACGAGCUGAAUGAGACAGAGGAGAAGCGUGUGUCUGCAGUGAAGGAGCUGAGGGCCAUGAUCAGAGAGAGGGCGGAGUCUGGAGACGAGCUUCUCCGCGGCGUGAGGGACACGUUUGGAGAGAAACCCGACGCCAUGUUGGUCCGAUUCAUCCGAGCACGAAAAUACGACGUGAACCGCGCCUACGACCUUAUGAAAGGGUACGUGCGGUUCCGUAAGGACUACCCUGAGCUCUUCGAGAACCUGACUCCAGAGGCGGUCCGUAGCACCAUCGAGGCCGGGUACCCGGGAAUCCUUCAGAGCCGAGACAAGUAUGGCCGUGUAGUCCUGCUGUUCAACAUUGAGAACUGGGACUACGAGGAGAUCACCUUUGACGAGAUCCUUCGUGCGUACUGUGUGAUUUUGGAGAAGCUUCUGGAGAAUGAGGAGACUCAGAUCAAUGGUUUUUGCAUCAUCGAGAACUUCAAAGGUUUCACCAUGCAGCAGGCGUCUGGCAUCAAGCCCACGGAGCUAAAGAAGAUGGUGGACAUGCUGCAGGACUCGUUUCCUGCUCGGUUCAAGGCCGUGCACUUCAUUCAUCAGCCAUGGUACUUCACCACCACCUACAACGUGGUGAAACCCCUGAUGAAGAGCAAACUCCUAGAGCGGGUAUUCGUCCAUGGGGAUGAGUUGGAGAGUUAUUACAAAGAGUUUGAUGCCGACAUUCUUCCAUCUGAAUUCGAUGGAAAAAGUUCAAAAUAUGAUGGCAAAGCCACGGCUGCCAAGCUGUUCGACUGAGCUACAACACAGCAGCAAAACAGUGCUGCAUUUAAAAAUAAUAAUGAGUUUCACCAAGAAAUAAAAUGUGAUUUUAAAGCCACAGCGGCUGCAGUGUCCCUGAGGUCUCUAUUCAAAUCUUUGUGUCAAAUGUAGAGAUGCACCAAUACUGGUAUAGACUAUCAGUGCCGAUAUUGAACAUUUUGGUGAAUUGGGUAUUGGUUCAGAUCGGUCCAGAUAUCAACUAAGCCAAUAUCGGUCCAGUUGAUAUUGGCUCAGUCCAUAUCGAUCCACUCAAUAUACCAUUUUGGUCUAUAAACUGGUGUAAUGAGUUAAUUUACUAUUGGCCCAAACUGUAAUAAUUGG